AGCUCCGCUGCCUCUCUGUAAAGCUGUUAAAAACGCUUUUAGCCGAUGCAUGUGUUUUUACAGGAAUCAGGUGGCGGCAGACUACAGAAAUGCUGGCGUGUGAUCACUGGGAGGUGUUAUUUUUACUGUGUUUCCUCAUUUAAAGUUGAGCAAGAACUUUUUUUUUUUUUAGCGCUGGUUUUCUGUGCCUCUCUGUAGAUCAGCGUGUCAGGGAGAAAAGCGAGGGAUUUGUGAGGAGGAAGGGAGGAAAGAAGAAGUGCAGCUGGGAAUUUGUGCCUGAAGCUAGACAGACUGGAGAUCAGUGGUGAAAAGUAAGUAAGGCGAAAGUGAAAGGGGAGCGCAUGAGGAUGAAAGUUGGUGGAUGUGAAGGGAGGGAAGAUUUGAGGAGCUGUAGAAGUGAAAGGAGAAAGGAUGAGGUUUAUUUGUCAGAGAAUUUGUAGGAAGGACAGUUUCGUUCAGCUCCUGGCUGAUAAGACGUGUGUUUCAUCCGCGCCUUGCAGCUCCAGAGGAUUUCCUGUAUCUGUCUUCCCUCUUUUGUUGUGUUCACAAUCUGCAAAUCUGUGAUUGGCUGCACACCUGAUAGAUGCACACAUAUGCUCCUCCUCAGAGCAGCAAACGGAGGGACUGCCGCUCAUAGCUGCUGCCAAAGGAGGAGGAGGAGGAGGAGGAGAAGCUGGUGAAGACUUAAGCAAAGACAGACUCGAGACUUGGACAAACCUGCUGCUGUGGGAGGCUGGAGGACACCUGCGAGUGAUGCCUCUGCGGUUUCUAUUUUAGUUCAUUUUCAGUCAUUUUAAAGAUGAGAAGAGACCGUUUCCUGGUGGCUGCAACCCUCACAGCUCUUUUCUCCGCCGAUCUCUACUUCAUCCUCCUGCCAAAGCUGUGGAGCUUCAUGCAAGCAUCAGGACACUUUUGCUCAUGCGCUUCCCAAAACCUCAGCCUCCCUGCGCUGGAGGGACUCGGGCCUCCACGGCUCUCCAACUGGACGUCCGCAACACCUCCGGAUGACGCCGCCGCCGCAUCCCAAACGGCCGACGGAGGCUCCAAGCUGGAGAAGCUGUUCGCUCAUCCCCUUUACAACAUCCAAACUCCAGCGCUGGGGCCAGAGGAGAGGCUGCUGCAGGCCGAGCAGCUGAACGAAUACUACAUGAAGAAAGUGUCUCACUGGGAAAGACACAUGAAGAUCUACAAAGAGGCCGUAGCUUUAACCAACAUCACCCUGAAGCUGCAGGACAUGACCUACGACCCCGACGCCAGCUGGCUUAAGUUCCACCUGGGAAUAAACCGCUACGCUCUGUACUCGCGGGACGACCCCGCCGUCCUCCAGCUUCUCAAGGACAUGAGGAACUUGACCAUCGUCAACGCGGAUUACACCCAGGAUGAGAAGGCUCUGAAAGGAGCUUGCGACUGCACACAAGUGGUGAAACCCAGCGGGCAUCACCUGAAGCUAGCUCUGAAACUGCAGAACUUCGCUAAAGCCAUGUUCAAACCAAUGAGGCAGCAGAGAGACGAAGAGACGCCCGAGGACUUCUUUUAUUUUGUCGACUUCCAGAGACACAACGCUGAGAUCGCAGCUUUUCACCUGGACAGAAUUCUAGAUUUCAGGAGAGUUCCACCUGUUUCUGGCAGAAGAGUCAACGUCUCAGGAGAAGUUCUCCAGGUGACCCUCAAUGACGACCUGCGGGCCGUUUUCUUCACCUCACCAGCAAACAACACGUGUUUCUUUGCGAAGUGCCUGUACGUUUGCAAGACUGAGUACGCCGUGUGCGGGAGCCCCGACCUGCUGGAGGGGUCGCUCGCUGCAUACCUGCCCGGCCUCAGCAUCGCUCCCCGCCUCUCCAUCCCCAACCCCUGGACGCGCUCCUACACCUUCGCUGGACGGCAGGAGUGGGAAGUGAAUCCUUUCUUCUGCGACGCCAUAAAGCAGCUGUAUCCUUAUAACUCAGGGAACCGGCUGCUCAACAUCAUCGACAUGUCCAUCUUCGACUUCCUGAUCGGAAACAUGGACAGACACCACUACGAAAUUUUUACCAAAUUUGGAGACGAAGGUUUUCUCCUCCACUUGGACAAUGCCAGAGGGUUCGGGAGGCAUUCGAAGGAUGAGAUGUCCAUCCUGGCUCCUUUAUCCCAGUGCUGCAUGAUUAAACGCUCCACGCUGCUCAGACUGCAGCUCCUGGCCCAACCAGAGUUCAGACUGAGCGAGGUGAUGACGGAGUCUCUCAAGACAGAUCUGUUACAGCCGGUUCUGACCGAGCCGCACCUCCUUGCUCUGGACCGGAGGCUGCUGAAGGUUCUCCGAACGGUCCAGCGCUGCGUCCGGAGGUUCGGGAAGGAGGAAGUGAUCACCAGUGACUUUAUUAAACCCACAGCUGAGACUCAGACUGUGACACAGAAAUCAGAGCCCAGGUAACAGCGGGCGACGCCACAGCAUCACGGCGGAUUCUUAAGACUUCAUGAUGGAGUGAAUUCUCUUUUUGAGCCUCGGAGGCUUAGAUCUUUUCUAAAAUCUUAAAUAAACAAAUGCAACCACAAA